GAAAAAGACUCGAAGUUGCUGCUUUUGCGUGUCCUCUAACAAACAGCACAAUGUUAUCUGUGCGUUCAUUGCUCCGUACAGCGCAUAUCAGAUAUGCUGCAGCGUCUCAAUUUCAGACGACUUCAAACUGCAGUGGCGCAAACGUCGCUGUUGUGUUGUCUGGAUGUGGAGUUUAUGAUGGCACUGAAAUACAUGAAGCAUCAGCAAUCCUUGUGCAUCUUAGUCGUGGAGGUGCAGAGGUUCAGAUGUUUGCGCCUGAUGUGUCUCAGAUGCAUGUUAUAGAUCACAGCAAGGGUCAGCCUGCAGAGAAAGAAUCAAGGAAUGUUUUAUCAGAGUCAGCACGUAUUGCCAGGGGCAACAUCACUGACCUGGCUAAAUUGAGUGCCAAUAAUCAUGAUGCAGUCAUCUUCCCUGGUGGUUUUGGUGCAGCUAAAAACCUGUCAACCUUUGCUGUUGAUGGAAAGGACUGUACUGUGAAUGAGGAAGUUGAGCGGGUUUUAAAGGACUUCCAUAAAGCAGGAAAACCGAUUGGUUUGUGCUGUAUAUCUCCAGUGCUGGCAGCGAAAGUUCUCCAUGGUGUGGACGUCACAGUGGGUCACGAGGAGGAGGAAGGUGGGAAGUGGCCUUAUGCUGGUACUACACAAGCCAUCACUGCACUGGGAGCCAAACAUACUGUUAAAGAAGUCACUGAAGCCCAUGUGGACCAAAAGAAUAAGGUGGUGACCACACCUGCAUUCAUGUGUGAAACAAAAUUACACCUGAUCUUUGAUGGGAUUGGUGCUAUGGUGCGAGAUGUCCUAAAGCUCAGCGGGAAGUGAAAAUGCAACCACCAUAUCAGUAUCUUCAUGUUUGCUGCAUAGAGCAAUUGCCUGUCAAACAUACAGUAUACCAUUUGUAUCAGAGUAUAGGAUGUAUUCUAAAGUGGUUGUUGUGAUUUGCCCUUAAACAUUUUGAAAUACAGUAUUGUCAGACAUUACUAAUCAAACGUGUAUUUGAGUUAGUAAUGCUAGAUGGUACUGUGGACAAUGUCCAACAGAGGGUGCUCUCUAAUUCACUUGCCAUAUUUAAAAAAAAAUAAGUAAUAGUGAAUGCUGUUCCUGUGGAGGAAAGGGUGUCAUUGACAUGUUCAUAACAGAUAUUAUAUUUUGAAACUGUGAAAUAAAUGUAGCUGUAUGUUUUGUCAUUUUUCAAAUUGAAAAAAAAUUGAAAAUCAAAGAGAAGCCAUGAAUAAAUUGAUUUAGAGAUUUCAGGUUACCUUAAUAGAAAGCACCAAUUUAAAUAUUGCUGUGUCAUUGCAUUUAAGUAUAUUCACUUAUACAGACAGUGUGUGUUGAAAUCUGAAAGUUUAAAAGAUCAAUAAAGUCUGCUAAAGAUUAUAGUGUCAGUGGAAAUUGACUUAGACUCUACACAUAAAAGCAGAGAGAUAAAACACUGUUUAAUGUGAAAUUUACAUCACAUAA